AUGCGCUUCGCUACCACGAUUGCCUCGCUGCUUACCGUCGGCAUGGCAGCAGCCCUAUCUCGCCGCGCAUGCGCUGCUCAGAACAUCCUAGACGCCUGUCUCGCUUCAAUGACACCACAACUCGAAGCCUGCGAGGCGAAUGACUGGUCCUGCCUGUGCAAUCAGAGCACCAACGUUCUCACCUGCUACAACAACUGCCCCGGCGACGACAACCAAUUCGGCGCGCAGCAGACCAAGACAUCCUACUGCAACGCUGCCAAAGCAUACGCUACCACUACUACUACCACUAGUAGCAGUCACUCGGCUACCGCGACUUCUUCGGAGGCCAGCGCCGCUUCGGCGAGUGAAACAUCUAGUGGCUCGUCCUCGUCCUCGUCCUCCUCCUUGUCGUCGACUUCGACAGGCUCAUUCGCGCAGUCAACGUCCUCUGGUGCGGCAGCAGCAGCAAUGGCGACGGGUGGUGUGCAUGUGCAUGUGCAGGGCGGUCUUGUUGCUGCGCUUGCACUGGGGUUGGGUGCUGUUUUGUGA